AAACAGUUUCGACCGAGCGUUUGCCAGGUAAACAACGUUGAGCGGCGCAAGCGAGCGAUUUUGAGACGAUUCCGUGGCGAUUUCGAGGCAGUACGAAAUCGAAUUCAACCGAAGUGCGCGUCGGGCCUUCGUUGUUGUUUUUUUUUUCAGUUACACUCUGUUGUUUGAGAGUGCGAGAGUGAGCGAGAUAGAGAACGAGAGUGGGAGUGGUGCGACAAGGAAGGAGCACCAGCCUCCUUUGAAUAAUCAGUGCGCCUGGACGAGAGAAUCGAAACGAAUCGGAACGAAACGAAACGAAACGAGAGGAAACAAGACUUCGCAGGACCUUUUUUGGGGGCAAUUGGCGCGAGGACGUCGCCGCGACGAACAGAAACACGCUGGCCGUUGACCGAGUGGCAACGCAGCCCGGAGAAUCGGCUUUGGGAUUGAAGAAUUCCCCUACUUUUUAACAAGAAUCAAGACUAUCGUAUCGUAUUUCGUAUUAUCGUAUCGCAACGCAUCGAAUCGCAUCGGAUAGACUGAGACCAAAACUGAGACUGAGAAUUGGCAGCUGUUGCAUGCUGUUGCGGCAGACUCAGUGACGCCGCGGGUGACGUCGCCGCGUCUUGUUUUUGUUGUUUGUUUGUUUGGUGACCCCGACGCGAAUCGAUCCUCGCGAGAGUGUGACCGAGACAGCAAUAUAUACACAUAAUCCUCUGAGAAACAAUUGAAGAAACAGUGCAAGAGAGAAAGAGUACGAGGUAUUUCGCAUUCGAGCCAAUGGUCAGAGCGACAGGGACAAGGAUGGGCCUGCUCCUGCCCGUAAUCCUGGCACUGGCCAUCGGAUCUUUGGCCGCCGGCAUAUCCUCCAAUGAUCCCUGCUACUUCGAGGGCAAGCCGCGCAAGUGUCUGCCCAGUUUCGUGAAUGCCGCCUAUGGAAAUCCCGUCCAGGCAUCCAGCGUUUGUGGCGCCCAACAGCCGGAGCGGUACUGCGAACUGCUGCGCGACGGAAAUGCCGGCGAGUGCCGCUCAUGCGAACAGCAGCGGUACGGUCCGGCGGCAUUGACCGAUCUGAAUAAUCCCAGUAAUGUGACCUGCUGGCGAUCGGGUGCCGUGAAUGUGCCCCACGACCCGGACAGUGCGCCGCCGGAUAAUGUGACCCUAACCUUGUCGCUGGGCAAGAAGUACGAGCUGACCUACAUAUCGUUGUCCUUUUGUCCCCGCUCGCCGCGUCCCGAUUCGCUGGCCAUAUUCAAGAGUUCGGAUUUCGGACAGACCUGGCAACCCUUCCAGUUCUACAGCUCACAGUGUCAGAAGUUCUAUGGACGGCCGGAUCGAGCCAAGAUCUCCAAGUUCAAUGAGCAGGAGGCAAGAUGCAUUAAUUCGCAGCACGAUACGGGCGGAGCUGCCCAGCGAUUUGCCUUCAAUACACUGGAGGGUCGUCCGUCGGCCAACGAUUUGGACUCCUCGCUGGUCCUGCAGGAUUGGGUGACGGCCACGGAUAUACGAGUGGUAUUCCAUCGCCUUGAAUUGCCACCGCAGCUGCUGAAGGUGAAAAAUGCGAAUGCCUUCAGCGAUGAGAUGGGCGGCAGUCGCGAGGAGGAUGAGGAUGAUGAUGCGGACCUGGAGUUGGACGGCGAGCAGGAUGAGUACGAUUACAAUCUGCAGGACAACGAUAGCGGCGAUGCUGGGUACGAUGAGUACGAGGAGCCCAAGAAGCAUCUGGAACUGGAUGACGAUCAUCUGCAUUUGGACUAUGCCAGUGAUGGUGAAUCGAUUGUAAAGAGGCAGGGCAAGCACAAGGGUAGCGCCUACGAGAAGCACUACCAGAGCAAACUGGCGGCCACCACGCCCCCGCAGCAGCCGCCCAAGGUGACGCCACCUGGCAAGGCCACGCCACCUAGCACAGCUGCCCCCUCCUCAUCCGCCGCCGCCGCCUCCUCCGCCGUGACCCUGCCCAUUUCGCAGCACUACGCCGUAUCGGAUUUCGCCGUCGGCGGACGCUGCAAGUGCAAUGGCCACGCCUCCGAGUGUGUGGCCACCGUCAGUUCGGGAUCAGGAGCGGCCCUUGCGGACCAAGACGAUGGGCAGGACGAGGACACGCCCUCCGCCCCCUCGCUAGCCGCCCACUUUGGCCGCAGCACCCAGAUGAGCGCCAAGCUGACCAUGACCUGCGCCUGCAAGCACAACACCGCCGGACCGGAAUGCGAACGCUGCAAACCCUUCUACUUCGACCGACCCUGGGGCAGGGCCACCGACAACGAUGCCAACGAGUGCAAGAUGUGCCAGUGCAACGGACACGCCCGUCGCUGCCGCUUCAACCUGGAGCUGUACAAACUAUCUGGCCGGGUUUCGGGCGGAGUGUGCUACAACUGCCAGCACGAUACUACCGGAAGAUACUGCCACUACUGCCGCGAGGGAUAUUAUCGGGAUGCCACCAAGCCGCCAAAUCAUCGCAAAGUCUGCAAGCGUUGCGAUUGCCAUCCAGUGGGCUCGACGGGCAAGACGUGCAAUCACCUGAGUGGCCAGUGUCCCUGCAAGGAGGGCGUCACCGGACUAACGUGCAACCGAUGUGCCCGGGGCUACCAGCAGACCCGCUCCCACGUGGCACCCUGCAUCAAGGUGCCCACCAAUGCGAACAUGAUUCAGGCCGAGAGUGCUGGCGGCGGCGGAGGCGGAGGCGGUGGCACUGGUGACUACAAGGAUGGCGGUGGCUCGCAGGUGGAGGAGAUGAAGAAGUACUGCGGCAAGUGCAAGGCGAGUCCCAAGAAGCUCAAUCUCAACAAGUUUUGCAUGGAAGAUUAUGCUAUAUUGGCCAAGGUGAUUGGCCACGAUCGCGCCUCCCAGGACAUCAGCACGGAGAAGUUCUCCAUAGAGCGGCAGAACGAGAUCUACAAGUACGAGAUCAACAUCCAGACGAUCUUCAAGCGGAAUCCCAUGUCGGGCACCACGAGCUCCCUGCUCGGAAGGGGCAACAUGAUGCUGCUGGUGCCGCGCAAGAGCAUCGAGUGCCAGUGUCCAAAAAUAAAGCUCAACAAAUCGUAUCUCAUCCUUGGACGUGACUCGGAGGCGGCGCCUGGUUACUUGGCCAUCGGACCCAGCUCGGUGGUCCUCGAAUGGAAGGACGAGUGGUCGCUCCGCAUGAAGCGCUUCCAGCGGCGGGCACGCAAAUGCAGUUGAAUCGAACCGGAAACGGAAUAUGUCAGAGCGGAUUUCAAUUUCACACACUUGGCUAGGUAUCGGUUUUUGUAUAAAUUGUACAGUUUACUCAAGUUUCUGACCUUCUUCGGCAUCACGCUAUAAAUUAAUCAGCACUGGCGAUUUCCCAUAGCCCGUCUAUAUGUCUAUAACAUAUAAUCUCCCAAAUUCUACCCAGAUAAUCUCCUUCCGGGCGGUCUCUAGUCUAUAAAGCGCUUUACACAACAUCAGCAAACAAACAGGCCAUCCAACAAUUGGGCAACAAGCGAAAACACAACGUACAUCGUAUUCUCCACGCCCUUUUAUGAAAUACCAAAUGCUAAUUACAGUUACGUGCCAAUGGGUGGGCGUGGCCAUAACGGUUAUGUGCUGGCCAUAAAAAACAGUUAUAAAUUGAAAAUAACAUCGCGUGUCGCGAUUCUAGAGAAGCAAACAAACUGCAUUUUUGGGUGGCCAAUGAAUGGGCAACGCAGCCGGAUGGGGGAUGAUGGACAAACAGGUCGCGUCGACACAUAAGUGCAGUCAUAAACCAUCAACACGGCUCUCGACCACCUGGCAAAAAGCGUCCACACCAGGGCAACUCGGCCAAAACAUUAUUUAAAUCAAAUUCUAUGGGUUAAAAUACACUUUCAUUCCUUUAAAUCUCCACAAGCUUGCAAAAGACUAAAAAGUUCGAGAAUAGCCGUUCUGAAUUUAAAAUUUAUUACACCUUUUCAGUAUUUUACAAAUGAAACAUAACUUUUCUCCAGACAUUUACUUGAUUUUAAAUUAAUAAAAAUGAGCAUGUGGAACUGCAAAUUGAAAACUCGAAAUUAAAUCACAUGAAUUUAUUUUUACACUAAUCGCUGGCAAGCAAUUCAAAUCUUUUAUGAUGGAAAAUCGAAGACAGAAAUUAGUAAUCAUUGUCAUUAAAAUUAGUAUCAGAAAUUAGGCAUCAUUGUCUCAGCUUUCAAUGUCAAUAUAUUCAAAGGGCCCUAAUUAAAUAUGUUUUAACUUUCAUGUUUUGAAUACCCCUCACAAUUCUGCGCUCUAUCAUCCAACCGAAAAUUGAUUCAAUUUUCAAAUGUGCCAAAUUUCUAUUCAAAUAUUUACAAUUUGUUUACCAGUCCAGCAGUUUUCGUGUGCACAUAUUUAUUUUACUCUGGCAAAGAACAUUUGUGUUUUGUCCAUCUGUCUGUUUCUUUGAGAUAUAUUUGCACAACUUAUGCAAAACCAUUGCGAUUGAAAAACGCAGUGUUUCCUAACAAUUUAUGACAAAUAUUUGUGAACUGAAGCUGCAAGGGUAUUUAAAUGCAGGUUUCGAGUUUCAAUUGGCAUCGUUUCUGGUUUUCCUGCAUUUCAUGUCGGGCAGAAAAACGCCUCUCAAGAAUUUAUGCAAACAGUUUUGGCCGAUAAUUAUGCACAUGUUUAUUGACAAUCUGCUAGUUGAUUUUUCACGCGCUUUUGCAUACCAAUUUGUUGAUGGAUGCAUUAAUAAAAAAAUCAAGGCAGCAAACAGCGGCAAAGCACGCAUUUAAAAUGCAUUUAUUUGAAUUUAAUUUCCCAUUUGAAUUAUGCAUGCAAAUUGUGAGCGCAUCAGUUCCAACUCGUUCGGUUCCAAAUACAGCUAUAUAUACAUAUAUGUACAUCUAUAUGUGUCGGAAACAAAAAUCGAAGGCGUUAAGAGCGAGAUUGGAGGUGUUAAGGGAUCGGGGCGCCGGUGGUAACUUGUUUUUGGAGCAUGUGUAGGCCACGCUUGAACACUGGACACUCAUCCCGGGCAGCCUCUCGGUACAGUGAGCACAGCCCAUGACGGAAAUACUCGUAUAGUUUUCAUGCGUACGCGAUUCUUAGUUCGCUGCCUCUAAUUGGCAUAAUAAAAUCUCUCUUUUCAACGACUUUCCUUAGAGUGCAAACGUGAACGUUUGUUGUACCAGGUAUACACUGUACCAGUCGAUAGGCAUCAGGCAAAAGCAACAAAGCGGCAGACAACACGACGCACAAACACAAAUUGAACAGCAGAAACAAACAGAAAAACACCUCACAAGCUGCAACAAUUUAAGAUAUAAACUGAAUAUUGAUGUCUAAUUGAAGAUUGUAGAAUGAGAUCCAUAAAAUGUGAAAAAUGAAAUUUAAUACAUUUACUUAGUCGCCAUUUCUGUCCGUGUACCGAACAAAUGAACUUCGUGGGCUGCAUCAAGCGACAUGCAUGCCCCCCAAUUGCAGUUACAUUUUUUCGAUGUUGCUGCGGAUUAAACAUGUUUCGGGCUCAGAAAUGUAACAUGAUAUAUGACAGUCAAGUGUCGAACUUGAUAAAUGUUUUAAUGAAUUUAUUUUCGUGUUUAUAUGCUGCCAGCCAUCCAAGAGUCGAGAUCUUUUUCGUUCAGUUCGACGGCUGGCACGACACCUACUCUCUGGGUCUUUGUGGCCGUCCAAUUUGGCUGUUUUCCCUCCAUGGCUACAUCCACAUUCGCCCAUGUAUUUGGACAUCCAACCGCCAGAGCCAUUCACAUAUUAUUCAGGUCCGACCGUGACCAUGAUGUAUGAUAAAUCAAAAUGGGGGCAACAUAUGCAGGGACAGUCCAGCGCUGGACAGUUAACAUGCUGCGGCAUUUAAGCCGAGAUUUGUGUUCGCAUUCACUCCUCGCCCAGGGACGCAUAAUUAGCUCUGCUCUGGCUUCUGGCAGCUGGAUGUGGAUGUGUUUCUGUUUCUGUUUCUCUUGCUGCCACUGUUACAGUUACUGCUUCCCGCUGGCCAACGCGGCGUAUGAGUCAUGGAGCCACGUGUGGCCACCGCGCACGGAAAAUCUUGUCCUGGGGCAAAUAAAUGCAAAAUUGUCAACUGUGCACAUUUAAGCACAUUUUUAUGCAGAUGAUACCGCGCGAAAUGCGAAUAUUCACAGUUCAAAGGGACUGGACACAAAGAACGUUUACAUUGUAAUCAAUAAUAUUUAUUGACUUGGAAUUAAAAGUUCAAACAGCGUACAAAAUUCACAAAUCGCCAAAAAUUUCACUAGGCGAGGCAUCAACGUGUGAAAGUAGCAUUUUUAGCAAUUUUUGAGCAACCCCCAAUGACUUGGAUGAACCCCUUCCACCUGCAGCUCCCCAAAUAACAUUAAAAUAAAGGCUAAAAAAGGAGGAAGUGAUACAACAAAAUACAAAAAGUGAGAAAAUGAAACGAGAAAUUCAAUUGUGGCUUCGGUCUCGUCGACUGCGGCCGGCUUCAUGCCUUCAUGCAUAUUUAAAUGAGAUUUUGCGUUAACUGAAUUUUCCACCGGUGUUCUCCAGAUGGUAGUGGGAGGGGGCGUGGCCAGUGGGAUGCGUGGGCGUGCGGCCCUCAAAAUGAAAGAACAAAAACAUAUUAAUUUAUAUAAUGUACGGGUACGCACAGAGAUAUAAAACAUUUAUAUAGAUUUAAAUAAAUUGGGUUCUUUUCGCCGCUGGUUAUUUUUAUUUUCAUUUUCAUUUUUGCCAUUUUUGUCGUUCAUUUAACUCGCAAUGGGGCGGAGGCGUGGCAGCAGGCGUGUUGUCGCAUAUGUAUUUUAAAUAGAAUGCAGGCCCAUUAGCAUAUAAAUUGACACAGCGACAGUUGAGUGGAUAAAG